AUUUUCAUACAGGGGUAUUUGAGAACUUCAGUUUAAGAGGGCAUUACGGCAGAGGAAAAUUAUCGUUCAAAUUUGCUACUACAAACAACAGAUAAACAUCUCAUCUCAUCUCAAUUCAAAAGCCUAGAAUUUUGAUUUUAGUGUGUGCGGGGGGUGUAAUUUACUUUUUUUAACUUGAUUUUUUUCUAGACAAUUUAGGGCUUUAUAAUGCAGGAGGAACAAGCAGAAGGAUUACUACCUCCUCAGUACAUACAUAUUGAGCAAAACGAUUUCUUGUAUCGGAAGCACAAGAAGCAGAAAGAGGAAGAUAUUGCAACAUGCCUUUGCAAAUAUAAUGCUGAUGAUCCUGAUACUGCAUGCGGGGAGAGGUGCUUGAAUGUACUAACUAGUACUGAAUGUACACCUGAGUAUUGCCCUUGUGGUACUUAUUGCAAGAAUCAGAAAUUUCAGAAAUGUGAAUAUGCUAAAUUGAAGCUGGUCAAAACUGAAGGCCGUGGGUGGGGUCUUUUGGCUGACGAGAAUAUUAAGGAAGGACAGUUUAUCAUAGAAUACUGUGGAGAGGUAAUCUCUCGAAAAGAAGCAAGACGAAGGUCUCAUACAUAUGAACUGCAAGGCCUCAAAGAUGCAUUUAUAAUAACUUUGAAUGCCUAUGAAUCAAUUGAUGCCACUAGAAAGGGAAGCCUCGCUAGGUUUAUCAACCAUUCAUGCCAGCCGAAUUGUGAAACUAGGAAAUGGACAGUGUUAGGGGAAGUAAGAGUUGGGAUAUUCUCCAAACAAGAUAUUCCUGUUGGAGCCGAGCUGGCAUAUGAUUAUAACUUUGAAUGGUUUGGAGGCGCUAAGGUUCGCUGUCUCUGUGGUGCAGCUAGUUGUUCGGGAUUUCUUGGGGCAAAAUCUCGUGGGUUUCAGGAGGACACAUAUCUGUGGGAAGAAAAUGAUGACAGAUACUCGGUGGAGAAUAUCCCUUUGUAUGAUUCAGAGGAGGAUGGCCCUAAGAUCCUUAAGGCAAGUGGAGACUCCUCAAAAGUUGAAUCUAGUACCAUGAUAAUAAAACAUGACCAUUCUUUGAAAACGAAUGCCAUAGCUGAACCUGUGCUUAGUUCACAGUCCUCGGCGCUUGUUAUAGAGCCACUUGAUUCAAUUCCAAUGGAGGGUGUGGUAAUGAAUGAGGGGAAGAUUGAAGUAAGCGGGGAAAUGAAAGUAUAUCAGUCUGAUACAAAUGCCACUAGAGCUCAUCAGGCUUUUGCACAGAAAAAUGCAAUGGUGUCUCGUAUACGAAGUAAUAGUGCAUGUCGGAAUUAUUACAUACAGCGGAGCCCUAUGUCCAACAAAAAAUCAGCAAAUUAUGCUAACGGCAAGUCAAAACAUUUAGCCCAGAAACAAGUUGAUGCAGCAUUUGUCGCUCAACUUUUAGCAUCAAAGGAAGCAAGAGACGAGAUCAAUGACUGUGAGGAGAAGAAGAAAGAGGUGACAUACGAACUGGACAUGUUGUAUAACGAGAUACGGCCAGCUAUUGAAGAGCAUGAGAAGGACAGCCAAGAGAGCGUCUCUACCAGCCUCGCAGAGAAGUGGAUUGAAGCAAGCUGCGCAAAACUGAAAGCAGAAUUCGAUCUUUACGCCUCCAUCAUCAAGAAUGUCACUUCUGCUCAAGAAAAAGCUGGGGAAAAAACACAUCUUGCUGAAAGAGUUGGCGAUGAAAAUGGGAUGAAAUAUCUGACAAAUUAUUAGUUUGUAGGUUAGUGGUCCUUGUAAUUUAAUUGUGAGACUAGCAUUGCAGUUAUAUUUCAUCUUAUUUCAUUAUCUAUGCCUUGUUUCCAUCUAACUUUGACUGAAAACUGAAAAUGUCUGCGAAUUUAGAUUUUGGUGUAUAUUUAGAUUUUCA